AAUAUAUAAAAUCAAUGGCCACUCGUUGGGGUAUAUUAAGUGCCGGCAAAAUCAGCCACGAUUUUGUAUCAGCAUUGAGGACAUUGCCUACAGAUGAACAUCAGUUAGUAGCGGUGGCCGCACGUGAUCUGCAAUCAGCCCAACAGUUUGCACAACUGCACGGCAUUCCGAAAGCGUACGGCACGUACAAUGAGUUGGCCAAUGAUCCAGAUGUUCAGGUCGUAUACAUCGGUACAAUACAUCCACACCACUUGUCUACCGCCAAGCGUGUGCUGGCCAGAGGUAAACACGUGUUGGUGGAAAAACCGAUGACAUUGAACUCGAAAGGUACUGAUGAGCUGAUAGCCAGUGCCCGGCGCUCCGGGUUAUUCCUGAUGGAGGCUCUGUGGUCCAGGUUUUUACCGUCGUAUGAGUUUGUCAUGAAAACAAUUAGCGACGGUGUUAUCGGUGAUGUCCAGUAUGUUAAUGUUACGUUUGGUAUGCCUAUAGCUGAAGUCGACCGUGUGGCCAAACGUGUGUUGGGAGGCGGAACCAUACUAGACAUUGGCAUCUAUGCCAUUAAUAUUAUCGAAAUGGUCUACAACGGCGAAGCGCCGGAAGAGAUUCGGGCAGUCGGCCAUCUAAAUGCCGACGGUGUUGAUGAAAGUGUAGUGGCGGCGCUCAAGUACAGUGGCGGUCGUACAGCCAGUAUAUCGACCAGUUCGCGGGUCAAACUACCGUGCGAGGCAGUCAUUGUCGGUACUAAAGGUGUGCUACGGCUACCGAUGCCGUUUUGGUGCGCUGAUAGGGUCUACUUGAAUAACGUUGCCUACGAGUUCCCAUUGCCUGAACCGGCCGAACCGUGCAAUUUUUUUAACAGUGCCGGACUCCGGUAUGAGGCCAUUGAAGUGCGAAAAUGUUUGACCACAUCAUCGCUGGAGAGCCGAGUGAUGUCCCAUAAGGACAGUCAACUGUUGGCCAAAAUUAUGGAUGAAUUGCGCCGUCAGGUGGGAGUCAAGUAUGAUGUCGACGACUGAG